UCGGACGGAAAGCUCAGACUUUCCCAAUCGUCUACGCUACUUCCGUCAUCAUUAUCGCUUCUCUUACAACCCGCCUUGGCUGCUCAGCUCGAGCUUGGAGAUCAAGGCACCAUUGGUCCUCCUCCUCGCCGCUUACCAAGGGGUACCUCAUCACUACACACGCAAAAAGAUUUUGGAAUAUCUUUCACCAUACCGACGACGACAACAACGAGAAAGUUUCCAGUCAAGUUAUCAUUAUCAAUCUUUCACCGCACGGUCGAUUCCUUAGCAAUCCACCGCCGAGGCCGACUUCAGCUAUACACCACCGAUAUCGAGGACGACUUGCUGGCUCAUGUUCUCCUAAUCCAUCUCGGACUUCAAGACAUACUAACCCCAGUCCGCCUCCCCAACGGCCAAUGGCUACGAGAUGGCAUCCACUCCCUCGAAUCGACACAAGCUUACGCCCGCCAGCUCUCCUUUUGUCACCAGGACUUCUAGGUCCCCGGGUCCUCAACGGUCCCGCACCCUCAAUGAGACUUGUUUGUCCCUCAGGCGUGUCAUAGGCACCACUUGCUCCUCGCCCACCGGUUUUGAUUCCGUUCACUCGUCUUUCGCCUACAUUGCUGGCGGAGCUGUUGUGGUUGUUGACGUAUCCGGCGAGCAUUAUUCCCAACGCUUUUACCGAGCCCGUCCCUCGGCAGUCCCCGUCUUUGCGCUUUCUCCCGUCUCCCACACUACCGCAGCGAAUUCGAAUCCGACACCGAAAGCCAAUGACAGUAGGAACAGGACUACCGCUUCACAGAGGGAAUCGGCCUAUCAGACAGCAGACUCAUCACAGACUUGGACAAGUCGCGAGCGCAUAAAGGCUGCCACUUGCCUUGGCCUCAGCCGCGAUGGACGAUACCUGGCCGUCGGCGAAACAGGCUAUGCUCCCCGCGUACUCAUCUUCAACCUCCAAGAUGCCUCUUCCGAUACUCCAUUGGUAUCCAUCAGUGAACACGCAUUUGGAGUCAAAGCGGUAGCAUGGUCACCAGACACAAGGUUUUUGGCCUCUCUAGGCGCUGCCAACGAUGGGUUCCUCUAUAUAUGGAAGAUCGACACAAGAACUGGCGCUGCCAGGCUCUUUCAGCAAAACCGCUGUACAUCUCACGUCAAGGGCAUGGUGUGGAUGGGCAACAAUUUGAUAACACUGGGUGUCCGUCACAUCAAGGUCUGGAGGGUUGAAGAACCACCGCCCAUCUCUCCGAUGAAAUCGAAAUUUCCCCAACAGGAGGCGGCCUGCUCAGCUGCCCAACUGGCCCAGAAACCAUUACCUGGCCGAAAUAUUCUGUUGGGUUCCAUGCUAGACGCCACCUUCAGCUGCGCUCUUGCACUUGAUGAAAACAGGGCCAUCAUCUGCUCAGAAACGGGCAGUGUGUGCCUUUUGGACGAUACAAACAAGCAAAUGAAACUAACACGACUGCUGGACCUAAACUUCCCCGUUAGCUGCAUAUCGAUGAGGAAAGAGACCCUUUACAUUGGUGGGAAAGAUGGUCAGCUAGCAACCCUCGCACUCGAUGGUGUCUUGGAAGGCACCCCUGAUCCCGUCAUUCACAAUCCUCAUACAUCUGACGGCCUCGUCGCCCUGGGUUUCCUCGCCGAAAACUUCGUAACGAUCGACAACCGCCGCACAAUCAACAUUUGGAGUCCUGAUCAUAUUCCAGCCGUUUCAUCCGACGAUCCUCACCACAUUCCGAUACCUGGCGCCGGCGACAUUGUUGGAAUACAAGAGCUUCCUGGAUCCAAUGGUGCGGACGCAUCCUUCGUCACUUGGUCAGCAUCUGGAAGGAUCAAUACGUGGCACAUGGAUGGCCUGAUCAAGUUAACACUUGACGUUCCCGUGGACCAGGUAGAGAACAACAUCGAUGGCGAGCAACCGGUCAAUCAGCUAGUGGUGGUGAGAGCCACGAAAGAUGGAAGUCUCUUUGCUGUGGGAGACAAGCUCGGCGUCCUUCGCAUCAUUGACGCCUCUACGAGAGCUUGUUUACUCGAAACGAAGGCACAUUCUUCCGAUUGCCAGGAUAUCACCAUCUUUGAGGACGAAUCAAAGCUCCUUAUCGCAUCCUGCGGCAGAGACCGUACAGCGCAAUUGUUCCACCGAACAUCCUCCGGUGCAUUUGAGCACUUUCAGACAUUGGAGUUUAGUGCCAAGGUCGUUCAGGUCUUGAUUCCCUCCCGCGACAAAGUUCUUACUUGCUCGCUGGACCGUACCCUUCAGAUCCACGAUUUGGUUACGAAAGAGAGUGACCCUGAUGUCAUGGCAGCCAUUCCUUCAAGGGUCAUUACGCUACGGGCUUCGCCAUCCUCAAUGGUGGUAACGCCUCUUGAAAAGUCAAUUUUUGUAUCACUUUUGGAUCGCUCAGUCUGUCAUUUUGAUUACAACAACGGACGACUCUUGAACUCGUUCAAAUGCAACGACGAAGGAGGGUCUGAGACCGUUAUCUUGGAAUCGCUACGAUAUGGCCAAACAACGACGGGGGAUAUGGGCUUCUUGCUUGGCAUCUCCAACACAGACAAAUCUAUCCGGGUAUACGACGCUCAAUCGGGGGCCUUCAUGGGCCGUGAAUGGGGUCAUACGGAAGCCAUUAACGGUGUGGUGAUGGUUGAGGGUGAGCAAGCUGGCAGGAAGAUUAUCAGUGUUGGAGAAGAUGGGACCAUCAUGGUCUGGGGGCUGGAUAUACAGUUUCCAUCGACUGGCUCCAGGAACCGCGAUCCUUCUCCCGAUAAGACCACCAGCACAACUGCGCGCAGUCGACCACCACUCAGGAGGGUAUUAUCAAAAGCCGAGCUAGCCGAAUUUCAACGACCAUCUUCAUCGCAUGCCGGCAGCAACAGACAGCGUCGCCUCUCACCCAGUCGAGCACAAUUUCAACGACCAUCUUCAUCGCAUGCCGGCAGCAGCAGACAGCGUCACCUCUCACCCAGUCGAGCACAAUCUCGGCGUUCCUCUCAACAGCACACAGUGACUUCCACGACACGCACACCGGUAACAUCAGGGAAGCGGAUAAGCCCCGACGGUACUGGGUCUAUCCGAAUCAAGCGCAACGCUCUACGCCGGACGUCUUCAGGAGCAGGUAGCAUAUCCGAAAGCCCGCCUUCCGAGGACAACGGUAUAUACCGUCGUUGCGCGUCUCCCCCACCCAUCAACGGCGGCGUAACACGUACAGCAUCCUCCACCAUCCGCUCAUCCGCCCGCAAGAAGACCAGCCUGUCGAACCUCCGAAGCAACACCGCCCCCAGUACAUCCGCGGGGGGGCCUAGCAGCGCCGCCACUGGCUACGGCUUCGGAUCCCUCAGCGCAGCCACCGAGCAGACCUGCCGCCAACUACGAGCCUACCGCAAGAAGCUGGCAAGCUCGGACGCUAUCAGCGGCGACAUCCUCGCCGAACUCGAUGCCGAACUGCGACUUACGGCGGCCGCCCUCGGCGAGCGGGCGAUUCGUAGCCGGAGCAGGAGGCCUCAUCUCCAGAAUCACCAUGGUCACAGUUACUGCGGCCACGACAGAGACAGAGAGAAGGCGCUCAGCGAGAGCAUGCUCGCCAACCUGCUGGACCAGUAUAGUGAACGGUUGGUCAGCAUGCUAGAUGAGAAGCUGCGGAUGAGGCUGCUGAGCGAGGAGGAGAGGGAGGCGAUGAUCAGCAGUGCAAGGCAGAGUCAGAGGCCGAGGACGUCGGGAGAAGGGUCAACGAGCUCCGGGGCGUCGGGCGUUACGGAGGGGAGGAGUGAGAGUAGCUCGGUUGGGAGCACGAUCAUGUGCAUCGAUGGUGAUGGGAUGAUGAUGGAAGAAAAAGAUGGGGGAGAAGCUGAUGGGGAGACCGAGAGUGAAUUUGGUUGUGAGGGAGGGGCAGAUACUGAGGCGGAGGAUUUCUGUGGGGACGGAGAAAGGAGGAGGGAGAGUGGUGAGUUGAAUGAGAGGAUGUUGGGGUUGGAUUUGCAUCGUUAGGUGAUGCUGCAGGAAGAAAUUUGAAAGGCAUCAUCAAUAGAACGGAUGGGUUGGGAAGGAAGAGAGAAAGCCGGAAAAAGGAGAAAGACGGAAAUAAAGGAGGGAAGCCAACAGGAACCA